GGAACCAAGUCAUUACAUACCUCUCCAGUUUUCCUACACUUUCUCUUUAUUUUUUGCUUUCUUUUCUUCCUAUUUUCCUUUUUUUAAAGAUUCAUGGAUAUAGGCUUGGAAUGUUAUAUCUCAGAACACAGUGGAUUCUGUGGACAGUUAAAGAGAUUCUGUGAGGACUUCAAGGUAACAGAGAUUGAUGAAUUAGGCUGUCUAGUUGAGCUAACAAGCCAAGAUAUACAACCAGAUGUAGCCAAAGAUAUGGAAAAAUGUUACAGAAAAGUGAUAACAGUCUCUGCUAAAAAUGAUGAUAACAUGCAACCAUCAAAUAGUUUAUUUAGCUCUGGGAGUUGCAAUGCAGAAAAUUCAGCCAGCGGUGAAAAGGAUAGUUCUUUGCAGCCUACCAACAAGUAUUUUUAUCAG